AAUAUAUAUCUAUGUCCUUUCUAAGGUUCUAAACUAUAUCUGUACCAAAUUUCAACCAAUUCCGUCAAAUAGUUGCGGAGAUUAAUGGUAUAAGCAUAGAAUGUUCGACGUGAUUCUUUAAUUUGACAUAACUUUUUUAUUUAUGAACCGAUUGACAUGAAACAAACACUAAAUGUAAAUUUAAGCAUCCCACAAUAUAUUCGUGAAAACUGCAUCCAACUCGGAUCAGCCGUUUCUGAGAUUAGCGCGCACAGACGAACAGACAAACAGACAAACAGACAAACAGACAAACAGACAAACAGACAAACAGACAAAAAAAAAGUUAAUUACAUUUUUGGGUUCGACAUCGACAUAACAAUAACCCCUGCUAUUUUUUUUAUUUUUAUUUUCAAUGUACAGACAGCACUUUUCUACGAUUUUAUUAUAUGUAUAGAUUGUAAUAUAAUUUCAUCAGAUAGAGGAAAUUUUGGUGACAAUUUAUCUGAAUGCGAACGAAAAAUAAUUUUUAAAUUGGGUCCAUUUAAACCACAAGGACCAUUUCCAAAAGAUUCAGAAAGUAACCGACCUUUUUCGGCCUAUUACUAUUCAUAUUUCAAUCAGGCAGGCAUAAAACUUGUAAGACCAUGGUUAUGUUAUUCUAACGUUUUAAACAAACCGUACUGUCACUUCUGUUGGUUAUUAGCAGAUCGUCAAAACAAAUCAUACUCCUCUGCUUGGGUUAACGGUGUUUCGGUUAGAAGCAAUUUUACGCAAACUAUACUUGACCAUGAAAAGUCACAGCAGCAUAUGAAUGCCUCACUCUCUUAUAAUAAUUGGUUGCAAGGAAAUACCAUCGAUACUCUAUUGCAAAGUGAAAUCAAUAGUAAAAUUACAUUCUGGAGAGAUGUACUGCAUCGUAUAAUUAAUGUUAUAAUUACUUUAGCAUCUUGUAAUCUAUCUUUGAGAGGGCAUGAUUCUAAUUCUGGAAAUUUUAUGGCAAUUUUACGUUUGCUAUCUAACUAUGAUGCAACUUUAAAAGAACUUCUUCUAAAACCGAAAGGCGAAAUAAAUUAUUUAAGUCCUACGAUUCAAAACGAAAUUAUUAGUUUGCUUGGUACCACCGUUAGGAACAAUAUUAUCUCAGAAAUUAAAAAAGCUCCAUUUCUGACAAUAAUUCUGGAUACAACACAAGACUUGUCAAAAAUUGACCAACUUUCUGUAGUUUUUCGAUAUAUCUCGGUUACAGAAAAUGAUGAUAAUGUGCCUAAAGAAAUAAAAAUCUGUGAGUCCUUUUUAGGAUUUAUAGCAGUAACCGAUUGCAGUGCUGCAGGUCUGAAAACUGACAUUUUAAAUUUGACUAAAGAAUAUGGAAUUGAUUUGACUAAAUGUAGAGGACAGGGUUACGAUGGAGCAAAUGUUAUGUCGGGUGUUUAUGGAGGAUUACAAACCCUAAUAAAAGAGCAUGCUCCAAAUGCCGAUUAUGUUCAUUGUGCUGCGCACGCUUUAAACUUGGUUUUAAACGAUGCUGCGAGACACGUUCGUGAAGUAUCGACUUUUUUCGAUAAUUUAGAAAAAAUAUAUACUUUUUUUGGCAAUAGUAUAAAACGCUGGGCUAUGCUAAGUGACGAUCCAUCUGAAAAAUAUUUGAUUACCCUCAAAAAGGUAUGUCCAACCAGAUGGUCUUCUAGGAACGACGCUUUAUUAGCGGUAAAGAAAAAUUUUUUACUAAUCAUGAAAACUUUGUACCAACUAAAUUUAAUUUCAAAUAAAAAAGAUGAACGUGAAGAAUGUAAAAAUAUAAUUAAUAUUUUGGAGAGUUAUGAUUUCUUAGUGCUCGUUACAUUUUUUUCUUCACUAUUUGAAAUUAUUAAUCCUAUUUCUAAAGCUCUACAGCAUGAAAAUAAUGACUUACAGAAAUCUAGUAUUUUAUUAAGUAAUCUUUUAAAUAGACUGUGCCAAUUAAGAAAUCAGAUUUCAUUUAAUAGUUUGCUAAAUGAGUCCAAAGAUUUAGCAAAAGAGUGGGGGGUAACAACUGUUUUUAAAAACAGUAGGCGAAAGAUAACGAAGCGUUUUUUUGAUGAAUUAUCACAAGAUGAGAGAAUUUCCGACCCGGAAUCCUAUUUCAAAGUCAAUGUAUACUAUUGUUGUUUAGAUAUAUUAAUUUCUCAAACUAAAGAAAGAUUUCAGAGCCUUUGCGACCUGAGUAGUAUGUUCGAAAUAUUACAACCGGAGAAACUCCUAUCUUCUUCAAACGAAGAGAUAUUUAUCGCUUCCGGAAAACUGUCGGUUAAAUACAUUACAACCGCAACUGCUGAAAGAAGUUUUUCAAAAUUAAAACUGAUAAAAAAUUACUUAAGAACUUCGAUGGGACAAGAACGGCUGUCAGACCUCUCACUAUUGUCCAUAGAGGUAGAAACUUUAGAAAAACUAAAAUCAUCAUCAGCCAUAAAUGAUUUAAUAAAUCAGUUUGCCGAAAAAAAGGCAAGGAGAAUGAAUAUUUAAAAUUUGAUUUUUAUUUGUAAAAUGGUUAAAUUAUGUUAUGAUAAAUAAAUAUUUCUUUUCACAA